UGUAUAACAUGCAUGUAUAGUGCCUUUCAAGAAAGAACCACUCUGCUCACGCUGCGCAUGCAUACCGCUAAAUGUCGGCCAUCAAAAGAAUACUUGUCCUGGGGGCUGGAGAGCUAGGAACUCGGGUACUGCUCUCCCUCGCCCAACAUACUCACUUGGGAGACAUCGCCCUCGCCGUUCUUCUGCGACCGUCGACGAUCUCAUCCACACUGCCAGAGAAGCUUCGUGAGCUCUCGUUGCUACGCGAUCACGGAAUUCAAACAGUCCCUGGUGACCUCGUCAAAGAUUCGCAGGACUCCCUCGCCCAGAUCUUCCGCAACUACGAUACGAUCAUCGGCUGUACGGGUUUCGUCGCAGGACGCGGCACGCAAAUCAAACUAACGCGAGCUGUACUCGCUGCGGAAGUUCCGCGGUACAUCCCGUGGCAGUUUGGUGUCGACUAUGACAUUAUUGGACGUGGGUCAGCGCAGGAUCUCUUCGAUGAGCAGUUAGAUGUGCGUGAUCUUCUUCGUUCCCAGAACAGCACUCGGUGGACGAUUAUUUCUACCGGAAUGUUCAUUAGCUUUCUUUUCUCGCCUUCGUUUGGUGUGCUGGACUUGGAAGGCAAUUCGGUAUGCGCGUUGGGUAGUUGGGACACUAGAGUCACUGUGACAGCCCCUGAAGAUAUUGGGAGGCUUACAGCCGAGAUUGUGCUCAGUUUGAAUCAGAAUACUGCCUUUGACAACCGACCAAUUUAUGUCGCUGGGGACACCCUUAGCUAUGCGGAGUUAGCACAGAUCGUGGAGGAGGUUACGGGAAAGUCGUUCUCGAAGAGUGUACGGACGGUUGCGGCCGCGAAGGCUGAUCUCGCACGCGAGCCAGAGAAUUCGUUGUAUAAGUAUCAGGUGGUGUUUGGUGAGGGCCACGGUGUGGCAUGGGAUUUAUCGACGACGUGGAAUUAUAAGGCUGGAAUAAAAGCGCUAUCAGUGGAGGACUAUGCGAGACGGAAGCUAGUUUAGUUUUAUCCCACCGAGUUGAAGCACCUCUUUGUGAAAUAUUGCGUAGAUAUCUAAUUCUAUGUUUAUACAGCAUUCGCUAUAAAUUGAAGCGACAUUCAUGGUGCUAUAUAAGCUACCAAUGCGAUUGAUCUUGGCUGGUAUAGAAUUGGAGAGGACUUGGGCAACCGUGACAGGGUUGGAUGGAGCUUGAGCAUUCGGGUUGGCGUUGGAGGGAGGUGGUGUACGAGGAGCAGGGAGGGGGCGAGCUCCUGGUAUCAAGGUCAGAAUUGGAGGAAACAGUACCAACAAGGGCAACUGCCAAAGGCAGGGGGAAGAUGCAGAGUGCGACGGUUAUCUUCCUGUUGCAUGUAGGUACCGCACAAUAUCUGGGGAAACGACCACUUCUGGCAUAAGAAUAAAGACCAAGCUAAUGCACAACGAGAGAGACAGGAAGAGGAUAUACUUAAUGCGAGGGAAGAAAUCCCACCUGGGCUAAACCUUGGUUUUACAAUCAAGCCUCAUGAAAGUGGGUGGGGUGGUUUUUGCUGAACUAACGGCUCGCAUACUCCCCAGAGGUCUAG